CGGCUAACUGAACAGAACAGGAGUACCGUGGGUCGUCACCCAAUCGGCACGGUGCGAAGCACGAGCGCUCAAACAGGAGUAUCGUGGGGUUUACCCACAUCGAUACAAACAGGACACACUACUGUACCGAGGUAUCAUAAAACCUUUUUACUUAUUCUUAAGUAUUCACCUCUUUUCAUUAAUAGUGCACUUAGACACUAUAGGCUCAAAAGCAUUCAUAGUGCUUUUGUACCCUCAGUC